UCCCCGCUACUCCUCGCAGUUCAUAUUCAGAAUGUGUAAAGUAGUUCCGUGGAUUAUUGUCGAUUUUGAGUCGUGAAAAAUGCACUCAAAAAGUGCAUGUAAGUAGUGAAAUUUCGGUUGAAAAGUGGUGCAUUCUGUAGCCCCUAUGCAAGAAUCCAACUCCGGAUAAUUAGAUCAAGAUGUCAGUUCAUUACAAAUUCAAAAGCGCACUAGAUUUCGAUACCAUCACUUUCGAUGGGUUGCACAUCUCGGUGGCGGACCUGAAGAAGGCCAUCGUCCACCAGAAGCGACUUGGGAAAACGAUGGAUUUCGAUCUACAGAUUACCAAUGCGCAAACCAAGGAAGAAUACAGCGAAGAAGCUGCACUAAUUCCGAAGAAUACGUCACUGAUAAUAGCGAGAAUACCGUUGAAGAAUGCACCCAAGAAAAACUGGGCGCCGAAGGAUGAUAAUAAUCAGCAGCAGGUUCAGGCACCGAGGAAAGGCCACGAUAGUGCAUCGGCAGUGCAAUCCAAUGUUGAUCUCUCGAUGAUGAGUGGAACGGAGGAGGACAAGAUUCGCGAGAUGAUGUUCCAGAGUACGGCGGAAUACGAUCCAACCAACUAUCAAAAAAUUCGAGGAGCAUCCCAAACUGGUGAAGUCCCAAUCAAUUACAAGUGCUAUCGCUGCAAUAAACCAGGUCACUGGAUUAAGAACUGUCCUCUCGGUCCAUUGCCCAAAGAAGCAAUGGAAGUGAAACGUACCUCCGGUAUACCGCGUUCCUUCAUUGAACGGGACAAGGAUCCGGAAAACAAUCCGAUCAUUCAACCGUCGCAGGUUCCCCCGGAGGAGAAGCAGGUCAUUCCGGAGGAUUUAAUCUGCAGCAUCUGUAAGGAUUUGUUUACCGAUGCGGUUAUGAUUCCCUGCUGUGGGAGUUCAUUCUGCGAUGAGUGUGUUCGAACGGCACUCUUGGAAUCCGAGGAUAACGAGUGUCCCGAUUGUAAGGAAAAAGGAUCUUCGCCGGGCUCAUUGAUUCCAAAUCGGUUUCUGCGUAACUCGGUGAAUGCUUUCCGCAAUGAAACUGGUUAUAUAAAAACUGUACAGAAAGCGGCAUCAAAUAAACAAACUAAACCAGCAGAGGAACCUCCGACUGCUCCGGUGGAAUCAACAACAACAACUAUCAAUGUUACAUCCGUGUCAACCACUUCAAGCGCUGACGUUGAUGGUGAGCAGCAACCUUCUGAAAGUGCUGGUGACGAUAAGCACGAAACCUGUGACCAGUUACAGGAAAGUUACGAGGAUGUAUCCCAACAUGGGGAUAUUGAUUCUCCCCCAGCAGAUGAUAAAGCAUUCGAUAACGAGUCGGAUUAUGAGGAUAAUAUAACGGUUACCGUACCGCCAGCUCAUCUCCAGAGCCGAGGUGCUUUUCGAGGGCACUUCAAUGGACGGCAAGCUCAUCAUCGUCAUGAAACGCCUCCCAUUGGGCGGGAAUAUGCUCCCCAAUAUAACAGUGGCAACAGUGCUAGUGGUGGAAACAGGAUUGCUGAACAACAAGGAACCGAGGAAGGCGGUUCACGAACUCCGAAAGUUGAAGAAAAGGAAAGCAGCUAUAAUGUUGCUCCUGCAGCUGGUUCUAAACAUGAUUACGAGACAAGAUCUCCGGAUUAUCAUCAGCCAGCUGCUAGAGGACCGAUGCCCAUGCCGCCGCAUACUCAUCCACCCCUUCAACAACCAAUGGGAGCUCAUCCACCGCCCCAUGCAGGUUACAUGGGACAACAGCACCCGGGUCCCGCUGGUCCUUAUCCUGGCCCUCCUCCGCAUGGAGCGCCGCAUCCGUACCCUGGAGGAUACGGAAUGCAAGGUGGUUACCCUCCUCAGCGUCCAUACGAACAUCAUGGCGGUGGAAUGUACCAUGGUGAACGCCCUAGAAUGAUGUAUCCACCUCGUGCCGGAUAUCCUCCGCAUCCUCCCCACAUGAGACCCCGCCAUAUGGCUCCAAUGGGUCCAGGAGGUUAUCCCGGGGUACCAAACGUCGGACCUGGCGUUAUUGACGAUCCUCUGGAAGCAUUUAACCGCAUCAUGCGUGAAAAGGAACGCCGCAAAGAGCAAGAAGCAAAACAGGCGGCAAACCGCCAUCGUUCUCCGCACGCGGAUCGGAAUCGUCGGUCCCGAUCGUUUGAUAAUAGCGGUAAUAAUCGACGAGGUCGGUCUACAGAACGCGAACGGCGGCGAUCGCCGCGUGGUAGUGGUGCACGGUCACCGGAUCGACGUCGUACGCCUGACGACAAGCACGGUGACGAACGGGAACGGGACCGUGAUCGGGAUCGCGAUCGUGAUCGCAAUGGAAGGCGCAGGAACCGCUCCAGUUCGUACAGUUCCAGCGGAUCAAGGUCGUAUUCAAGGUCUAAAUGCAGAUCGCCAGCCACCAAGAGAGGAAAGUCACCGAAACGGCGCUCACGUAGUCCCUACCGGGAGCGUCGAUCGAGAAGUCGAUCCAAAUCGUUUGAAGACAGAAGGCAUGGUAAACACAACAAGGAUAGAAGAGAAGAACGUCGCGAUGACCAUCGUGGUGAAUAUCGGGACAAUAGAGAGAGAUCUCCCGGAUUCAACUCUCAUUAUCAAAGCAGCUACCGCGGCCGUGGAGGUAACUACAGAGGUGGCCCACGUGGUCGUGGCAGCAGCCGGGACGGUGGCUAUCAGUCACACUUCUCCCGGGGUUAUGAUCGUGGUCACCCGCAAGGGCCACCGGUGCAGGCGCCCCAGCACGAUCAGUACGGCCACCCAAUGGGACCGGGACCGAAUGAGUACCACCACCAUGAUCCAUCACAUCACCACGGCGUGCCACCGGGGGUUGGACCGGGCAGUAUGCCACCACACGGUGUACCCCCGGUUGGACACUAUGCGCCACCGCCUCAGCAAGCGAUGCCCCCGAGUACGGCGGUCCCAAGCAGGUAUCCGCCUCGUGAAGCCCCGCGGCCAUACAUGGGACAUCCUGUCAAAGCCGAUUCCAUGGGAUACUACGAACAGCAACCGCAACAGGUCACGGUUCAGCAAUCUGCUCCCCCAGUUAGCUCAGAACCUCCUCCACCUGGGUUCGAAGAACAAGACAAUUGGUCCGGUAAACAGGAAGCGGAAUAUCGAGCUCCAGUUACUGCUACUCCGGUCAAACCCUCGGAGGAAAGUUCCUACGAGUAUCAUAACACACCGAAGAGUCGUGAGCAUGAACGUGCUCACACACCCGUCAUUCGUGAUGAUCGCCACGAACACAUGACUCGAUCGCAUUCCAAAGAUAAGGAAAUCAAAAAGAAGAGUCGCGAAGAGAACGAAGAACAUCAUCGCAGAGAGGAGAGACGUGCGAAAACUCCUGAGCGCCAUGAGAAAGAGAAAUCUUCGAAGCGUAGCGAUCACGAGAAGGAGAAAGAAAGAGAGAAGAAACGUAAUGAAACGAAGCGAUUGGCCGAGAAGGAACGAGAACGUGAGCGUGAGCGUGAGCGUGAACGUGAACGUGAACGUGAGCGUGAGCGUGAACGUGAACGUGAACGUGAACGUGAACGGGAACGAGAACGUGAAAGAGAAAAGGAAAAAGAGAAGGAGCGCGAGAAGGAAGUCAAACGGAAACAAAGAGAUUCAAGUGAAGAGGAUAAGAAAGAUAAGAAAAAAGAUAAGGAGAAGAAAAAACGAAAAAAAGAGAAAGAAGCUGAGAAGAAAAAACACAAGAAGGAGCGAAAAGAAAAAGAUAAAGAAAGCCGAUCGAAAGAAAGGAAGAAGGAACGAAAAACGGUUGAGAAGGAGGAAGCCGACAGCUCCCAGCAACCGGCAACUCCGAAGCAUGCUCCACAAGGUAUCAACUCUGAGGAUGAGAAAGUAUCAUUGCAUGAAAGUCGGCAGCCGGAAGUUGAUACAACUCAGGAAUAUGUCGGUCACGAUUUUGAUGAAACGCUUGUCGUACCGGAUCGCUCUCAUAAUCUCAGUAAGACCACUUCCGAAGGGGAGGAGAAUUCCUAUCGCGAAGAGCCUUCCAGUAGCCAUGAUCAGCAGAAUGAACAGCUCUGUCAGCCGAUUGUAACAAGUCACGAUCACAGUGAUCUUUACUCGGAUAUUCCGGAGAAGUAUGAGGAAGAUCAACUAGAAAAAUCCGUCCUAGAGGGCCACUUGGGAGACGAGGAAAUUGAUUUGGUGAACAGCACCGGUGUGGCAGCCGAAGAACAUCUACCGGAGGAUAUAAAACGAUCGGACUCAAUUUUAGAUCUCCAUGCCAAUCUGGACUUCGAGGCAGAUUUGGAAGAAGGUGAGCACAUGUCUCCACCGAAGUUUAUCGGCAUUCCAGAACUUUCUAAAUGGGAACUGGAGGAAGACGCUCCGGUAAUCACAAGCACGGAAUGUAAGCCGUCGUUGGAAGAGCACGGUGUCAUCGUUAAACAUGAGGAAUCGUCCGCUAAAGUGACGAACGAGGUGCUAAAGCGCGCAGAGAAUGCCAUCUUUACCCGUGCGAUUGCCGCCAUCCGACCGAUCGAGAUUAAGAAGAUCAGCGUUGAUCGACAGAAGCUGUACUCGAAUGAGGUAAUGCUGGAUGAGGAAAAGCCGACGCUGGAGAUUAAGGUUGAAAAGCAGCAAGACGAACUCAAGCGAUUCCAGGUCACGGUCCCUACGAACGAUGACAACGCGGAGCGCUCGGUUGAAAUUAAGCCGGAGGUGGGCAAACUGGAGGGUCGCGCUUCGCCGAUUCGAGCUUCCAUCAAGGAACGCCUCGGAAGUAAGAUUACCGAAAUUCGUGGCAGCAGUUCGAGUACGUAUUCGCGUUCCCGUACGCCCCCACCGGUCCGGAAAGUGAAGGCAUCAUCGUCCUCGACUACCACCCUGACUAAGGUCGAACAGUCGCGGAAACGAACCCGCAGCCGAUCUCCGGAACGUGACGGAAGUGGCAGCAGGAAGCCCCGAAGCGAGAGGGAGGAACGCCAUCGAGAGGAGAUCCGUAUCAGCAGCAGGAGGCAGGAUACCGGUAGGCGAGUGGUAGUAGCAGUAGUAGAGCCUACCACUGAAAAGCGAAGGGAGCAUGAACGGAAGGAUAGAAACGAUAGAAGCGAUAGAAACGAGAGGCGAAGCAAAGAUCAAGUAGCUAAAGAUACAACAGAGAAGCCCUGUGAGAAAGUGGUGAGACGAAGUAGUGAAAAAAGUCGAGAAAAGCGGCGUGAAAGAACUACUUCACCCGCCAGACGAGACCGAGAGCGUGAACGUGAACGCGAUCGUGAGCGGGAACGCGAGCGCGAGCGGGACCGGGAACGAGGACGCGAUAAGGAGCGACGAAGGGAACACAAAGAGGACGACGAGCGGCACAGGAAAACCGAAAGCCGUCCGGAGAAAACAAGCAGUCACAGUCAUAAAGAAGACAGGAAAACUCACUCGGAUCGCAAACGAACAGAAAACGAACCAGAUCGUCAUCGUCAUCGUGAUGUAGCUCCAUCCGAUAAGGAACGUCGUGAUGAAGGGGCAAGCCGAAGGGAAGAUUCGCGUAAGCGACUACCAGAAGAAUUGCCGGAAAAACCUGUGGAAGUUCCAGCGAAGAAAGCGAAAUCCGAAAAGGUGGCCAAAAGCUCACGGGAUGCGGCCAGUUCGAGCGACUCCACCAGUUCGGGUUCCGAUUCAUCUUCGUCGGACUCGAGCAGCGGUUCGGACGAUGAGACCAGCAAGAAGCGCAAGAAGCGAAAGCAUAAGAAGGAACGCAAACGUGCCAAACGAUCUGGAUCGACCGAGUCGGAUGAUUCUGCUGGUAAGAAGAAGAAAAAGAGCAAGAAAUCCAAGUCUAGCAAAAAGAAAAAGAAGGACCGAAAGCACCGGAAGGAGUAAGGUGACAGUAUUCGAUCUCGGCGUAAAUUGUACAGUGGGAAAUGCGCUAUGGUUCUGGAAGCAGAGACCCAUUCGAACAACAAUAUGACUAACUUCUAGGAUUAAGUUAUUUACUAAUAAUCAUCGUAAGCGCCAAUGAAUUGGCGAAAUCAAUUGAAGAAGAAGAAAAAUGUGAAUUCGAUUUCAUGUACAUGAUUUAUCCACAUCCUGUAAAAGCAGUUUCGUUGAAUAAGAAAUAAAAACUCUAGAACUGA